GGCAGCAGGAACAGGAAUGUAGAAGCUGCAAUGAUUCAGAUUCCUUGGUGUUUGAUGAAUAUCACUGUAGACAUUUUGACCAGUGGCUGGAGAGUUUGGACUCUGUCCUGUUAAAAUGAUAUUAGCAGCAUGGUUGGUGAUUUCAUGUGUGGAUGUGAAAUUCUUAAGGGAAAGAAAGUGAGACUAAGCUCUGCAACACCAGAACUUUCUAGGCCUCUUCCUAGUUGCCCCAACUGGGAAGGUAGAAUUGAAGAAGGCAAAACAAUGAAGACAUCAAAUAAAAAAAUUACCAAUUCUGUUUCAAGUGAUUCUGCUAAUUCAGCUGAAAGGGAAACAGAUGAAGUAGUUCUGAGGAGAAGACAAAAACAGAUCAAUUUUGGAAAGAAUACCCUUGCAUAUGACAGAUACAUUAAAGAAGUUCCAAAGAAUCAGCGAAUACCAGGAGUUCAUCCUAGAACUCCCAACAAAUUUAAGAAGUACAGCCGCAGAUCCUGGGACCAGCAGAUCAGGCUGUGGAAGAUAGCACUGCACGCCUGGGAUCCUCCUACUGAAGAAACCUGGGACCUGCAGCCAGUUAGUACAGAACCCUCAGGCAGCUCCCAGGAAUGGUUCUGCAAAGAUCAGGAUUUUUCUUGCUCCUUUGUAUUUGAUGAAAAGCAAAAGAGAAAUGACUGUGAAGAUGAAUGCAGACAAACUGACCAUACACCAGAGAGUCCCUCCUCUCCUGAAUCUUCUCCAGUAUGGAAACGCAGAAAAAGAAACAAUUCUGACUCCUCUGUGGUUUCAAAGAGCAAGAACCAUUAUGUGCAUAUGUACCACACACUGGAAAGUCUGACUGGAUCAGGACAUCAGGAGGCUUUUUCCAAGUGCUCAGAGCAGGAAGUCUUGGGUGAAAACGAAGAAGUGAUGCCAGUACAACAUGGUAUAGAAAUAACAAGUGACCCUCUUGCAGCCAGUUGUUCUUCAGGAUGGAACAAUCAGAAACAGAAAAAAAACAACUUUCUGCCUACCAGUAAAACUUGCAGAGAUACAGACUGCAGGCUGGAGAGGCUUAAACUUUGUAGCAGUUUAGUGGAAGGAAAUCAGUCAAAAUACCCUGAAAUACGAUGGGGAAGUACAAGUGCUGAAGGUAGAAUACAGAGGAAAAAAAUUUAAAUACCAAGUCUCUUCUUGUAUAUAGAUGUAUGGAAGAAGGAAGGCUUUCUCCUGUGGCAGAAAACAAUUUGAAGAAUAGGGAUGUAGCCUGAGAUCAGCAGAUCACAUCUUGGAAAACUGGUGCAGUCACAUAAGAUCUGGACUGAAGGAGAAAGAUUUACAGUCAGCAUAUGGGCAGUCAACAUAAGGUGAAAUGUGCAGGUUUCUCCAGAUCUUAAAGGUAGAUUGUUUCCUGCAAGCUCUGCCUCAAGUGUAAAACUUCUGAUUGCAUUAAGCCUGUGCUGCAACAAUGAUGGAUGUUCCUUAAAGCUUUUGUGGGAAUGUUUCUGCUUUACCUGCACUGACAAAUGACGUGUGUAUCAUGUUGUAAAGGCUGCUCCAGCUGAUGGAUCCCGUUGUUGCCCUUUGGAGAUCAUGCUGCUUAGAUGCACUAAUGUUAUGCUGGUCAAUUGGUCCAAUAUUGAGUCAGACUGAAGAAUCGACCCCCUUAAACCAAGGAAUUAAACCCUGUUUCCUGUCCUGGACUGGAACUGAACAUUCAACCUGAAGAACUGCUUUGAAAGAAUGUAGAUACUUUUAACCUUUCUCCAGUUGUUAAAGACUAAUUGUUCUUAGCUUAUUUGCCAUUCUCUGAGGUAAAAUAUGUUAAGCUAGAACUUGCAUAAGUGAGAGAAGAGAAAGGAAAAGUAGACCAUUAUUGGAAUCACAUCACUCUCUUCAAGGGGAUAAGUGACUGUUUGAACAGCAAAACAGCCUAAAUGCCUGGAUUUUGGAGGUGAGUAGCAGUAUUUGCAGGUUAGGAGCUGUUCUUGGGCAUGGGGUGUCCAGGCUAAGCAUUGUGACAGCAUUGAGCUCUUUGUUUUUCUCUUCUAGCACUGUGCUUGGAAAGUCAAAGUGAGGGCUGUGGCUACAGUGGAGUAUAGACCAGAUUCAUGUGCUAGUUUAAAGAAUUUCUGACAGUCCUUGUGGUAUUUUACGUGGCACGGACUGGGAUACAAAUGUCUGUUAGAGCUGGGAAUUGUCUCUUUGCAGGAGUUCUGUUUGCCAGGCCACUGCAGAACUGUGAGUGCUAGGGAUGACACACAGCAACUUUCCUGUGGGGCUGGCAGUGUACUCAGGGGCCAAAAACCCAUUGUGCUACUGAUGUGGAGAUAAGCUGCUUCCUCAGAAAUUGCUCCCAGUCCCUUCCAAAGCAUUUUGUGCAGGCAUGCUCAGGCAUGGAGUUCAGUAGUGUCCUAGCACAAGGGUGGUUCAAACACCACAGAGCACAGAGUGUGUGUAUAUACAAGGAACACAUCUGUACAGCACUUUUUUAAGAAGUCAUAUUUAGAACCAUGUUGUUCCAGUGUGCAUGAUUCCAUGUAAUUUAUGAUGUUUGUAAAUAAGGGAAUAUGUUACAUUUUUUUGCAUUUUGACUUUAUGCAGAGGAAUUAAAGACUUUAAAAAUCCCUGCUAGUCUGCUUUUGCUGUUACAAUGAAACUGACAGCAUGAAAGAAAUAUGUGGGUUCACUAGUCUUUUUUUUUUUUUUCUUUUCUUGAUUUAGGGUGCUUUGUUUAUUUAGGGGUUUUUAGUCCUUGCUAAAAGGGGAAAGGAGGACUCUUCAGAGUUUGAAUCCAGCUCUUGAAGGAAGUUUACAGCUUGGGUGGUGUCCAACCCCUUAGUUUGGAUUUUGACAUCCUGUAAUGAGCUUGUAUUUAGUGCACUGUAAACUAGUGGAAGGGAACAGCUGUAAUCCCUGCACCUAUUCUGCCAUGUGAAAGUUGUGCUGGAGGGGAUGGAGCUGUUAGGUGAGAGUAACAGCCUGUCAGGAGAUACUUCAGCUCAGCUGUCAGAGCCCUUGAGCUUUUGCCUAUGAUGGACAGGGCCUGCACUGGAUUUACAGACACAAAUCCAUAGCAUUCAACAAUCCUUAAAGAUCUAUUUCUCAGUUGAAGAUACUUAGACUAGAAAUAGAAUAACCAAUCUGCCUGUGGUUGUGAAAUUUUGGGCAGAUUUAUUCUCUAAUCCAGGUUUUGUACACUCAGACAAGCUAUGCAAGCACAAGGAAAGGAAUGAAAUUGAGAGGUAAUUUGAGGUCUGCUAGAGUAAUUUCAUGCAGUGCUGCAAGUGGUAGUAGAACCAUUGUAAUGUCUUCUAAUUAUUAACAGUAACCAUCAAUCUAAACAAGGCAGUUAAAAAUGGAAUGUUGUCUGUCCAUUUACUUCUUUUUCAAUCUAAGGCUGUUUGACCUAAGAGUUUACAAUUGGUGUAAGCAAAGCUGAAGUCUCGCACUGCAACCCCAGUUUGUAUUUAGUUUAUCUAUUUUAUUUAAAUCCACUUUGCAUAAAUUUGUGCUUAGUUUUUAAUUAAGCCAAAAUGAACCUCACCAGCCAGGUUUAAAUUUCUUCCAAGAAGUAACUUCUUCUCUAGGCAUGGUUCCACUGGGAGAACUUCCACUCAGACAAUACAUUCUGUGCUUGUAGAAACAGUCCUUCAUUAGUGGUUCUGAAAUGCUAAUGAUUGUCUGUACUUUUUGUUUUUAAAACUGCUGCUUUAAGGUCAUAGUGAUGAGGCUAUCUCCUCCCUUUUCAAUUCCUACUGGGGUGUGAAAAUGCUUUUCUGAAGGUUUUUGCUUGCUGACAAGGGCAGAAAGGUGCAAAGCAGCUGAAAUCCCUAAGAUGCUUUGGCAGCAGAUAGUUCUGCUUGAUAAACUGAAUUUCACCUGUACAUAGUGUUAUGCUGGAAGUCCUUCAGGGCUUCCAGGCUGUCCUCUGCCUGGCUAGCUUGGAUACAUUCAGGUAAACAUGCUGCUCAAGUAAUCUUAUCUCAGAGCAAGGCUGGAGGACAUGGGAGUUUGUUUGCACGUGUUGAAUCUCUGCUGUACUUCAAGCAUGUCCUUGGUUGAGAAAUACAGGUCUGUUUCCCAUAGCAGUGUGUGGGAAAGAAGAGGUGCUAGCACAGCAAACUUCCCUGCAGAACCAGGGAUGUUUAUGCAGGUGCUCCAUGGAAGAAGGGAGAGUUUGUACAAUGACAGGCCAGACAAAGGAAAGGAACUUCCAAGGUAAAUGUCUUACAUUGUACUAUUUUCAGAUCUUAAGUGUUUCACUGAGCAUAGAGCCAGCCUGGCUGUUAUGGCCCAGAGGCAGGAAUUUUGGAGAUCUCUGAGGAGAAAAGUACAGGACCCACAUACAGCUUUUGAGGAAAAAACAGUAAGUUGAUGGAAAGUAAACACAAUUCUUCCUUGUCUCUUCUCAAAAUACUGCUGAUUUCAGCCAGGAGCAGUAGGUAUGUAGAAAUUUCACCCCAAAAGCAUUAUGAAACAGCUCAAACACCAUCUACAAACAGAUACUUAGCAGAAGUCUUUCAGAUACAUAUAUAUGUACAAUGAGAAUGCAGGUGCAAUUUGUGGAAGUGCAACAACUUCAUGUGGUGCAUUCACAAAUGGAAACAAAAAGUAUAAAGCCAUUUAAAAGUUGAGUAAAAUAAUGCAAAAAAUCAAUAGAAAGUAAGCUAGCUGCUGAGAUUUCAAACAGUUUAAUUUCUAAAAGACAUUGCAAAUUAUUGGCUGAAGAUUCUUGGUUUGGCCUGGUGCAGCUGCCAAGGCAGGCUGGCAGUGAGCAGCCUUCUUUCCACUUCUGAAGCUAUUGGUUUUGCUGGAAAGUCAGUGUGAGUGUCUUUCUGCAUUCAUCCAUCCAUUGACUGGCACAGAUCUGCAGGGGGAAAAAAAAGUCAGCCAAGAGGUUGAACAGUAAUUGUCCCUUUUUGAGAAAAAUAGUGUAAAUGUCUCCCACUUUGAAGACAAUAUGCAAUGAGCUUUCAAUUCACUAUGAAGAGGAUCUUCAACACAUCUGAGCAACCUUGAGCUUCACUAAGCAGGUGCUUCCUCCCUUCAAAACACCUGAUACUGCAGUGGUCACUGAUAGAGGAAAAUUCAACAGAUGUGGAACCCUUAUCUGCCUCUGCCUUCUUACUAUUGCUCUUAUGCCCAGAGUUAAAAUCAGCUACAGAUACUGUGCUGUGUGAUGUUGCUCAGCCUUGGGGAAAAAAAAAGGCCCUUUUUAUAUCUGCAGACUGAAAAAGGGGUAAAAAGGGCUGCCUGGUUAUUUAUCAGUUUUCAGCAGGGAUAUUCCUGUAGGCCAUUCUAAUCAACUUUCCAAAAAAGAUUAAUCAGGAAACAGGAAGAAGCAAAUGUGUUCCUGGAACUGCUCAAGAUUUGAGUCUAGGCACCAGGAAUUAAUGGGAGUAUGUGGUGAAGUAGAGGCAGAAAGACUGAAGUAUUCCUCUGCUGACUGUAUGGAUCCAAAGCAACAUACUUGUUUCAGAUGCAGUUGUGCUGUUUGGACAGUUCCUUCUUCCUAGCACAUGAGGGUGUGCACUGCCACCCGUUGUCCCUGCUGACUGUGUCCUUUCUGGUCAACUUGUGGACAAGAGCUCCAAUUCUAUUUAAAUGAUGACCUGAAAUGCAAGCCAGAGUACCUGGCAUCUUUGUUUCUGUAAAUACUACGUGAGAAAGUUGUAGUUUGUUGAACCAUGUUUCAUUUUUACAGCCAAGAUGCAAAUUCAGCCUUGCUAUCCAUGAAGUAUCUUCACAAAAAAACCAAAACAAAACACCUGUCAAUGCAUACACAGAAAGUCUCUCCAAAGAACUUUGGGCUUGGGGAUUUGCUUUUGUGUGAAGCUGCUAAAAAUAAAUAAAACCCACAACAACUCUUGUUUAGCCACUUCUGCUAUUCAUCAAACAGAUUUUUAUCUUGCAAGUGUUACUCAAAUACAGCCUCAUGAAUAUGUCAGCCUCUUGGAGUUUCUACUUGACUUCCUCUUAGUUGGGUGCAUUGCUCCUGUGAACUGAAGGAGGAAGAGGCACCUUUUUGUAAUUUUUAAGGUUUCAGUUGAGGCAUCGUGAUGGGGAUUGUGGUAGUGUCCUGAAAAGUCAGUCUCCUGUAGAGCUGGCUCAGAGCACACAGACUGAACAAGCAGAACUCUAACACAUAAUUAAACGCUCUCCAGGGUAACUGCCUUAGAGACUGAAUUCUAGAACAAAAGAAGAGUCUGUCUUGAGAACAGUGUUCUUUCCUCUGCUUUAUAUCUUACUUGUGUCAAAUUGUAUUAUAUUAAGAAUAUUUUAUCGCUCUUUGAGUGUCAAUCUGAUGAUGGUUGCUAUGAAAAUGCCUCUUGAAAAAAAGGAAGAAAACUGACCUGGUUCUGCAAUGAGAGAAACAUCCCAUUCCCACUGCUACCUGUUAAAUACCAAACCUGCAGCAAUCUGACUGGCAUAUUACAUUCCAAAAAUACUAUCUUUCAAUAUGAGUGCUUGCUGCUUGUGGAGAUAAAAUAAAGCUUUACCACCUC